AUGGAAACUCCGACAACUCCACCGGCGAUGACUUCAUCGGCAACAACUUCGUCGGCAACAACAACAACAACAACAACAACAGCAACACCACCGCCAUCUUAUGCAUCUCAUUUUUUCAGCAAUAUUCAAGCACUGGCUCCGAUGCAAUAUCUUGGAUCUUUGCUAGAUCCUGUAGCCGACAUCUACUAUGAAGGAGAUGAGGACGAAAUUGAACAAAUUGAGCAUUUCAAAUAUAAGCAAGUUUUAGACCGAAAGUUAACUGUGACGUCAGUUAUUGGACUAGGGUUUUCUGUCAUGGGAGUACCGUUUGGUCUAUCUUCUACUUUGUGGAUAGCGCUUAUGGACGGGGCUAAUGUUACCUUAUUAUAUGGGUGGAUUCUUGUUUGUAUAAUGUCUUUGUUUGUUGUGCUAAGCUUGAGUGAAAUUAUAUCAAAGUAUCCAACCGCAGGGGGGGUUUAUCAUUUUAGUGCAUUAUUGAGUAGCGAGAAAUAUUCCUCAAUCAGUUCAUGGAUCACCGGAUGGUUGUUACUUAUAGGGAAUUGGACAUAUGCCAUUAGUAUAAUGUUUUCAGGUUCCCAGUUCAUACUAUCGAUUUUUGGCUUGCAAGAUUUCGAAUACAAGGAAGAUAGACUUUAUGUUAUUGGAGUUUUCUACUUGAUUUUAGCAGUUGCUGGAUUUGUUAAUUUCAAAUUCGCCAAGUAUUUGGAGAUGAUUAAUAAAGCCUGCAUUUUUUGGACAAUCUAUACCGUACUAGCAAUUGAUAUCUUGUUGAUAUUUUUUGCCAAAAGGACAAAUUCAAUUAAACAAAUUUUAACAACUUUCGAUAACUCAAGAUCCGGUUGGCCCGACCCGUUGGCGUUUAUCGUGGGAUUGCAAAGCCCGUCAUUUACUUUGACUGGAUAUGGGAUGCUAUUUUCAAUGACAGAUGAAGUUAAAAACCCAGAAAAAAACAUGCCAAAGGGUACUAUUAGUGCCAUUCUAAUGUCUACAGUCACCGGAUUAAUUUUUAUUAUUCCAAUAUUAACAAUCUUGCCUGAGUUGGAAUUGUUACUAGACAAAAAUUCAAAUAUAAUGCCCAUCGAUUUGGUGUUUAAAAUUUCCACAGAGUCCUAUGUCGUAAGUUUCCUAAUGGCUUGCUUGAUGAUUGGCACGAUGAUUUUCCAAAGUAUUGGGUCUUUGACGACAGCUUCAAGGAGUACGUACGCUUUGGCUAGGGAUAAGGGACUACCAAUGGCUCAACAUUGGACUCAAGUUGACUCAGUUGGUGACUGUCUUGUACCAAGAAACGCAUUGUUUUUGUCCAUAUUGGUUUGUGCUGUUUUGUCGUUACUAUCUUUGAUAUCAAAAUCGGCUUUCAAUGCAUUUAUGGGAGCUGCAGUCGUGUCACUAGCUGUUGCUAAUGGUAUCCCAAUUCUUUUGUUAAUGUUGAACAAAAGACAAAAGAUCAAAGGAGCUGCCUUUAGAUUAAGAAAACUUGGCUGGGCUAUCAAUGGAGUAUCUGUGUUUUGGAUUGCCCUUUCAAUUGUUAUAUUAUGUAUGCCCCCAACCAUCAAGAAUUUGACGUGGACGAAAAUGAAUUAUGCAAGUGUCGUUUUAGUUUUAUUUUUGGCCAUUGCGGCCGUGUGCUAUGUGACAUGGGGAAAGUCAAGUUUCACUGGACCGCCAUUAGAUACGGAUUACUUUGAGUUGAAUAAUUUGGAAGCAGCAGGUAGAAACAAUUUGGAUACAUUUGUUUUGGAGGAAGAUGAGGAAGAUGAGGAAGAGGAUGAAGAGGAAGGAGAGGAAGGAGAAGGGGAGGGUUACCACGCAUUGAAUGUGAAAGUUCCUGAAGCCACUCAUAAAAAAUCAUAUCAGCCUCUUGAAGGUAAUUCUAGUGGCAUCGAGGAAAGAUCCUACAACCUAGAUGAACAGAUUACUGAAAAGUUUCCCGAAAAACUUCACUUGGCCUCACACGAUGAAGAUAGAGAUGUUAAUGAUGUAUUAUUUGAGGCUGAAACAGGAGCGGUAAUGGACAAUUCUUUUUAG